AGCGGGUCCUCGGACUCCUCCCUGCCCGGGGAUUAUCAAACAGCCUGAUCCGAGUGGGGGUCUUCAGCAGGAGGAUGGCGCAGAGCGCAGCGCGGAGGCGCCAUGAGAAGCUGAGCUGACUUGGAUCCACUCAGAGGAGAGCAGGAGGAGCACAAGGACAUGUUCUCGGAGCUGAGCGGCUUCAACCUGACCUCUAACCUCAGCGAGCCUUCCACCGCUCCGGGUCAGGAAGGGGACGAGGAGUGGAGAGACGCACCGCUGGAGCGGCUGUCGCGCGGAGGUCACGUGGUGGUGUCGGUGUGCCUCGGCUCCAUCAUGGUGUUCGGCUUCCUCAACAACCUGCUGGUGCUGGUGCUGUUCUGCCGCUUCAAGAGCCUGCGGACGCCCGUCAACAUGAUGCUGCUCAACAUCAGCGUCAGCGACAUGCUGGUGUGCGCGUGCGGCACCACCCUCAGCUUCGCCUCCAGCCUGCAGCGCCGCUGGCUGUACGGCCGCCGCGGCUGCAUGUGGUACGGCUUCGUCAACUCGUGCUUCGGCAUCGUCUCCCUGAUCUCUUUGUCCAUCCUGUCCUACGACCGCUACAGCACUCUGAUGGUGUACAACAAGCGGUCGGCGGACUACAGAAAACCCCUGCUGGCAGUGGGGGGGUCGUGGCUGUAUUCGGUGAUAUGGACAGUGCCCCCCUUAUUGGGCUGGAGUAGUUAUGGCCUGGAGGGGGCGGGGAUGAGCUGCUCGGUGUCGUGGACUGAGGAGUCACCUCGCUCACAUUCAUACAUUAUCUGUCUGUUUGUGUUCUGCCUUGGGCUCCCCGUCCUGAUCAUGGUGUAUUGCUACAGCCGCCUGCUCUAUGCCGUCAAACAGGUGGGUCGUAUCAGGCGGACAGCAGCUCGUCGGCGAGAGUUUCACAUUCUGUUCAUGGUCAUCACCACGGUGGUGUGUUACCUGAUCUGCUGGAUGCCAUACGGCAUUGUUGCCAUGAUGGCCACCUUUGGCCAGCCAGGACUCAUCAGCCCCGUUGCCAGCGUCAUCCCUUCAAUCCUUGCCAAGACCAGCACCGUCAUCAACCCUGUGAUCUACAUCCUCAUGAACAAACAGUUCUACCGCUGCUUCCUGAUCCUGUUCCACUGUAAACACCCACUGACGGAGGAUGUACAGUCCUCCAUGCCCUCCAAGACCACCAUGGUCCAGCUGAACCGGCGCGUGUUGGAUGGCAGCCCCGCCAGGCCAUCUGGUACCAAACCCAUUGUGCAGGAGGUGGAAGGAAUCAGCGCUGCAGAAUCUGACAAAACCGACCCCGUAGAGCUGCCGCUGCCACCCCUGCCGCUGCCUGAAAUCUCCUCCUCCUGACAGCCCUAAGCACUGACUGUUCACUGAAAAGUGGGGCCAGCAAAUGUCUGUUUUUUGAACCCUUCAACCACCAACAUCUCAGCUCAUACUCACACCCAUACUCAUCACUUCUCAGUUUGUAUGUGUUUCAUUUUUUUUGGGAAACGAUGAGGUCAUACCCUAGAUGCCAACCGUAUUCAGCUGCUGUAAUUAUUGAUUUAAUAAUGUGAGCUAAACUAAUCUAACAGAAGAGUUAAAUCCUGUUGUCGGAUUCAACCGUUGAAAUCAGAGGCUCGGUAGAAAUCAGAUUUUGCUUGUUUGUUUGCAGACCUCAGACUUUAAUGACUAAUUUGUGGGUAUUUUUCUAUGGUCUGUGUCCUGUUGGUGUGUUGGGA